AUGUCUUCGUAUGCAUUGGUAUUUGGGAAAGCAUGUCAUUUGCCAUUGGAGCUAGAGCACAAAGCGCUGUGGGUGGUGAAGAAGCUUAACUUCGACUUAAAAGUAGCAGGGGAAGCAGGAAAGCUACAACUGGUCGAGCUUGAUGAGUGGAGAACACAAGCUUAUGAAAAUGCCAAAAUAUACAACGAACGAGCAAAACGUUGGCGUGAUAGCCGGCUACGCGGUAAAAAUCUCCAUGUCGGACAAAAAGUCUUACUCUUCAAUUCAUGGCUACGGCUUUUUCCUGGCAAGUUAAAGUCGUGCUGGUUUGGACCCUUUAUAAUUAAAGAACUAGCAUGGUGCGGUUGA